AUGGCCGUAGCUGGUCGGCCCCAAACAGAGAGGCAUAAGGGUUGUAGUGAGAAAAAGAGGAAAAGUGGCCAGCACUUAUGCCCUAUUUGUAAGGAAUACGGGCACCAUUGGCACAAGUGCAAGAAGGGGAACAAAGAUGACAUUGCUGCUUUGAUGGAGUUGAGAGAACCACCAAAGAAGAGGAGGAAGACUACCAAAUCAGCCGAGUCAUCCAUUGUGCCAAGAGGUGAUGAAGCACCGGCAACCGCUAUGUAUUUUCCACCAAGCCAAAGCUUAGAAAUUACAACCAAGAAGAAAGGAAAACAUAGCCAAACUUUGAAGACUACAAACAAGAAAAAUGCAAAAGGGUGUAAAAGAUCAAGGAAGGGGAAGAAGAUGGAGCUUGCUAAAAAGGAUGAAAGUUGUCCUAUGGUGCCACCAUUCGACAGCCCCGCAAUGAGCACAAGAAGCAAAAAAGCUAACCCAGCCAGCCCCGCAAUGAGCACAAGGAGUAGAAGAAGACUUAGCUUGUGA